AUGAUCCGAUUAUCAUCACCCGGAUUCGCGAUUUACCCUCGAUUUCAAAACAAUCACUUCGUAAAAUCCCAGAAAUCGACUUUUCUUCCCGCUCAAAUCGGGUCACGGCGGAGGAACUUCACCGGAAUCAGAUCGGAAACCGGCGGCGACGGAUUCGAUUCUGUGGCUUACGAGUCUGAGAGGCUGAGUCUCGACGCGGCGGCGAUGGAGGAUAUGGCGGAGACGGCGAAGAAAGAAAUGGAAUCGGAUACAGAUAGUGACCCGAAAGCUUGGAAAUGGGUAAUCCGAAAGAAGAUGUGGGAUCUAAUGGAAGCUCGGAACUACUCCAUGAACCCUAGACCUGUUCAUCAUCGGAUCCCUAAUUUCAUCGGUGCAUCAGCUGCUGCCGGAAAAUUAGCUGAGCUUGAGGCUUUUCGUAAAGCUAAUGUCGUGAAGGUUAAUCCUGAUUCGCCGCAAAAGCAAAUCAGGUUUCUUACACUUUCUGGUGAUAAGAAGUUAUUGACUCCUCAGCCUAGGCUAAGAACAGGGUUCUUCUCUGUAUUGGAAUCCGGUUUGUUGAAACCGGAAACGAUCAAUGAAGCUUGUACAUCUGUAGGAGUAGCUAAGUAUGGAAGAGCGAUUGGUCUUGAUGAGAAAAUCAAAGUUGAUCUCAUUGUUAUUGGCUCUGUUGCGGUUAAUCCACAAACCGGUGCUCGAUUAGGGAAGGGAGAGGGAUUUGCGGAGCUUGAGUAUGGAAUGUUGCGUUACAUGGGAGCUAUCGAUGAUUCAACACCCGUUGUUACAACCGUACAUGACUGUCAGCUCGUGGAUGAUAUACCCCUCGAGAAACUGGCGAUUCACGACGUUCCUGUGGAUAUCAUUUGCACUCCUACUCGAGUCAUUUUCACAAAUACACCAAUACCGAAACCGCAAGGAAUCUAUUGGGACAAACUCUCGCCGGAGAAGCUACAACAGAUUCGGAUAUUGAGAGAGCUAAAGAAACGGUUGGAAAAAGAGAUUGGACGUAAACUUCCGACCGGACCAGCUGAGAAAUUACCUCCCAGGGCUGGACGCAAACGCCGGUAA